UGUCAUCUCCUGCCUCUCUCAUGCAUGCAGUUUCAUAAUGGAGCCAUCAGGGGGAGGGACUUCUGCAAUCACAAAAGCCUGAUGGCGAUGCCAUAAGUGACAGAAAACAACAGAGACUCUAAAAGAGCAGUUUUGUGCCUGAGCUGCAGCCAUGAGGAGAGCAGAGCGGCUGUAGGAGACGUGGGAACAGAUGCAAUUUUGUGGUCAGCUCGGCAUCUGACAGAAGGGUUGGACUUGUGGAGAAGACGGCUGGAUAGACACUCUUUAGUGGUGCACAUCAAGGAGAUAAACUUCAUCAAUGAAGACACCUGGCAUGGCUGUAUUCAAGCAACAUAAUGUGGAUGAUUUCUAUGAAAUUGGAGAAGGACUAGGAAGUGGGCAGUUUGCUAUUGUCAAACGCUGUAUAGAGAAGAGUACAGGCAUUGAAUAUGCAGCCAAGUUCAUCAAGAAGCGCCAGAGUCGGGCCAGCAGACGUGGUGUAAGAAGAGAGGAGAUUGAGAGGGAAGUGGACAUCCUUCAGCAGCUGCAGCACAACAACAUUGUAGAGCUGCAUGAUGUGUAUGAGAACCGCACAGACGUGGUGCUCAUCCUCGAACUGGUGUCUGGAGGAGAGCUGUUUGAUUUCUUGGCUCAGAAGGAGUCUCUCAGUGAAGAGGAGGCCACUCGGUUUAUCAAACAGAUCCUAGAUGGAGUCCAGUACCUCCACUCCAAAAGGAUUGCACAUUUUGAUCUGAAGCCUGAAAACAUAAUGCUGCUGGACAGGAAUGUUCCUCUACCCCGCAUCAAACUCAUAGACUUUGGACUUGCACACAAAAUAGAAGCUGGGGCAGAUUUCAAAAACAUUUUUGGAACCCCUGAAUUUGUUGCUCCAGAGAUAGUCAACUAUGAGCAACUGGGAUUGGAGGCGGACAUGUGGAGCAUUGGAGUCAUCACAUAUAUACUUUUGAGCGGUGCGUCACCUUUCCUCGGGGACACGAAGCAGGAAACGCUGGGAAACAUCUCGGGGGUGAACUACGAGUUUGACGAAGAACUCUUUAGCAAUACAAGCGAGCUGGCCAAGAGCUUCAUUAGUCAGCUCCUGGAGAAGGACACAAGAAAACGGAUGACCAUACAAGACGCCCUCAACCAUCACUGGAUUACGCCUCUGAAUCCCAGACAGGCCAUGGUGAAGAGGUUGUCAGUGGUCAACUUGGAGAACUUUAAGAGACAAUAUGCCAGACGCAGGUGGAAGAUGUCAUUCAGAAUUGUGGCUCUUUGCAACCAUUUAACUCGAAUCAUGAAGAAGAGCAACAAGCUGCCUGAGGAGGACGGGAGAGACUGUGAAAGCGACAAAGAAGAAGAAAUCCUGAAUAGGAGGCAGAGGAGCAGAAAGAGAAGUAACACUUCCUGAGAGCAACAAGUGUGUCUUUCGACGAUGUUCUGGUUGCAAAACAGUGACUCUGCACCUUUGUGACGCAGCUGUUACUUGUCAUCUUACAUUAUCUGUUUAAGUGACUGCUGUAAAUGCAGUAUUUUCAUUGGUCAAGGCAACUUCGCUUGUCUUGGUGACCCACAAAACCAGCAGAUUCUCUGCUCUGUGUUCAAUACCAUUAAAACUAUUGUUUUCUGGCAUAAAAAGGUAUAUAACUGCAUUAUUGUUUGACAGAAACUCAGGAGCCAUGUUGGCAGCUUCCUCUUAUAACUGUCUUAAAUGUCCCUCAGCUGUUUAACUUCCGAGUAUUGUCCAAAGCACUGACAGAUACACAAGAUGGUGGCAGAUAUUCAUAACCAAAUGUUUACAUGUUUUUCUUCUUAACAUACAGCAAUGACUGUGUAAACACACUGUCCAUUAACCUCUUCUUUUGCCCCAUCAGAAUAAAUUGCCUGUAAACUAUACAGUGAUGACUGUUUACUGUAUUUAACAUAGGAUAUUUUAAUUACUGUCAAUUACUUGUGUCCAAUGGGUCAAUAAUUGCAUUUCAUUUUAUGCAUGUUGUACAUAAAGACAUUAGGACUAUAUAGAUACUUUAUACAUAAACAUAAAAUACAUUUCACAGUUGAAUUUCUUAAAGCAUAUGUUUGGUUCUGAUGUAUUUAUGGUGUAAAUAUACAUAAAUAUCAGUCAAAUGUAUUAGUCUGUUACUUGUAUCUCAGCUCAUUAAAAUGAUCGUUCACCGUU